AUGGGUGCGGAGGGCACCGCUGCGUCCCAGCUCGCGAGCGCCCACCACCAGACCGAAGAACACCAUCGGGAAGACGAACACCUGCACGGCUCGGACCGCCAGGACCGCGGCGGUAUGCACGACGGCGGCGACCGGCGGCUGGUGGAGCAGGCUGCCGAGCGCUGCGCCCACGACCAGCGCCAGGACAGCCCGCGGGACGGUCGUCAUCGUUCACUCCAGGAGGCACACAUGAAAGCGGUGAUCGUCGCUGCCGGGUACGGCAGCAGGUUUCUGCCGGCUUCGAAGACGGUACCCAAGGAGAUGUUUCCGGUCAUCGACCGACCUGCGAUCGACUUCAUACUACAGGAGCUGCGGGAGUCGGGGAUCGACGACAUCCUGUUCAUCACGUCUCGCCGCAAGCGCGCCCUGGAGGACUACGUCGAUCGCGAGUUGGAGCUGGAGCAGGUGUUCGCAUCGGAGGGCGCCGCCGCCAAGCAGCGUGCGAUCGCGGUGCCGCCGGGGCGGUUCUUCUUCCUGCGCCAGCAGAAGAUGCUCGGCACGGGCCAGGCGAUCCUGCUGGCCGAGCCGUUCACCGGCGACGACCCGUUCGUGGUCGUGUUCCCCGAUGACCUGCACAUCGGCGACCCGCCGCUCGCGCGGCAGCUCAUCGACACCUACGAGCGGACCGGCUGCAGCGUGCUCGCCGUCGAGCACGAUCCACCGCAUCUGGAACGCUACGGCGUGGUGGCGCUGGCCGACGACGGCCUGCACGUGACCGACAUCGUGGAAAAGCCGCCGCCGGGCAUGGAACCGAGCCGCGACAUUUCCAUCGGCCGCUACCUGUACACGCCGGAGAUCUACCCGGCGCUGAGGCGCCGCUGGGAGCGCCACCGCGGUGGCGAGUUCAACUACACGGAGGGGGUCGAGGAGCUGGCGCGGCAGGGGCGGGUCGUGAUCCAGCGCAUGGCCGGCCGCCGGCUCGACAUCGGCGCGCCGGCCGGCUACCUGCGCUCGAUCCUGGAGUAUGCGGCGCGCGAUCCGGAGCUGGCGGCGGAGAUCGAGGCAUUCAGCGCCGCCGGUGCCGCCGGCGAAACGUCGGGCGACGAUUCGGCCGCCAGCGCAUCGUAG